UCGUCACGCCUGUCGUUGGUCAGUAAGUUGCAUCACUUGGAGGAGAUCACAUCAAACAGCGUUCGCGUGCUAAGAAGAAAAAAAAAAGGAACCGGUCAGAAGGAUUAGCAAACGAUGUGGCUUAAGCUAGGUUCCCUGCUUUUGCUUGUGGCAUUGGCUCGGGCUAACAACGGCACUGAUGGAUCGAAGGUUCUUUGCUACUACGAUGGAUCUGCCGCUCUGCGAGAAGGCCUCGGUAAGGUAAUCGUUUCGGAUAUUGAGCUCGCGCUGCCUUUCUGUACGCAUCUCAUCUACGGAUACGCCGGGGUUGAUGCUGGCAAUGGCUUUAAGCUUCGGGCACUCGAUGAAAGUCUAGACCUGGACUCGGGAAAAGGACAGUACCGGCAGGUGACCACUUUGAAGCGACGCAACCCAAAUUUGAAGGUUCUCCUGAGUGUUGGUGGCUACAAAGAUCUUGCCGAGGAAAAACCCUUCGAGAAGUAUCUUGCUCUGCUGGAAACGUCGGGAAGUCGCACGGCUUUCGUGAAUUCCGCGUAUGCGCUGUUGAAAACGUACAACUUUGAUGGGUUGGAUUUGGCGUGGCAAUUCCCGCAGAGCAAACCGAAACGUAUCCGGGGAUGGACUGGCAAGCUGUGGCAUGGAUUUAAGAAACUAUUCACAGGCGAUAGUGUGCUAGAUCCGAAGGCAGAAGAGCACCGGGAGGAAUUUGUGGCGCUGGUUCGCGAUCUGAAGAAUGCUUUUCAGCCGGAAAAUUUCCAACUCGGGUUGACUGUGCUGCCACAUGUUAACGAGAGUGUUUUCCUGGAUGUUUUCUUGCUCAAGGAUAACUUGGAUUACAUUAAUUUGGCUGCGUUUGACCAGCAAACACCUGAGCGGAAUCCUAAGGAGGCGGAUUAUACCGCUCCCAUUUAUGAGCCAACCGAACGAGUGGUUGGAAAUAAUAUCGAUGCCAAAGUGAGCUAUUGGAUGGGUAAAGGCGCACCGCUCACAAAAUUGGUUGUCGGCAUUCCUACGUACGGUCGAGGUUGGAAGCUGGUAGAAGAGUCCGGAAUCACAGGCGUCCCCCCACUGCGAACCGAUGGACCGUCCGUCCCUGGAGUGCACUCUGGAAUUCCUGGAUUCUACAGUUGGGCCGAAGUAUGCGCUAUGCUCCCUAAUCCGGGCAAUGCCAAUCUGAAGGGUGCGGAACAGCCACUGCGCAAGAUUGGCGAUCCCACGAGACGCUUCGGGGUGUACGCAUACCGCGUUCCGGACGAAAAUGGAGAACACGGAAUGUGGCUAUCAUACGAGGAUCCGGAAACGGCUGGAAAUAAGGCGGGCUACGUGAGAGCGAAGGGACUAGGAGGCAUUUCGAUUUUCGACCUGGGCAACGAUGAUUACCGCGGUGUCUGCGCCGGAGAUAAAUUCCCUGUCCUCCGAGCGUCCAAGUAUCGACUUUAGUUUAUUUAGUCACGUGUAAAGAAACAUAACAAAUAGAGUAGUGCAUAUUGUC